AAUAUUGGCGGGAGUGGCUGCAGUUUUGUCAAGGGUGUGUUAGUUUCAGAAAUUUCGUGCACUGCUUGUCUGUUGUUUCUUUGCAGUGUUUCUGCUGUCUAAUAGAAGUCUUAGUUUUGUGGGUUUGAUAAAAAUCAAAAUAAAUUUCCCUAUGCUCAUUAAAAGCCAUGGUACAGAUGGUGGUCUCAUAACCUUAACUGUAUCGUGUUUUGAAAAUAAUAUCGGUUGUGAAUUUAAGGUCGAAAAGAACUUAAACAGUAGGACAAAAAUAAAGUUUUGUUUGGUGUUGGUUAUAAUUUCAGCAGUUUUGGGUUAUUGUGAACAGAGACUUUUCACUUCAAUUAGUUGUGUAUGUGUUGUCGUUGGUGGACUUGAUAUAUUAUGUAUGGUUAAAAGUGAGACGGUGUCAGUGGUGGUUCCGCUUGGCAUCCAGGUGGUGUGUUCAACUCUUCUGCAGCGCGACACUGCACUCUUCUUCCCCUGGCAGCACAUACAGGACAUCAUCAUCAAUGAAGUCAUCACCUUCCACCAAGUCGUGUACUGCCUGUGUGUGAUGGUUCGCGAUGACCAGGGGCAGCGACUGGUGCCUCUAUUUCAGCACACCCGGCCCCGACUGGACUGCCUGGUGCUCAUAUACCAGCACGUACAGCGCCUCAUGACAUGAGUGUGCCGCACAUCCGGUUGCUGCUUUUCCGGGGCUGCAUCAUUAAGCUGGUGGUGGAGCUGCCCAUGCGCAGGUGUGGCCUGAGUAAAGAAGUCUUACUUCGUGAGAUUGAUAAAGUGGUGAAGAUAUUUGUUGGCUCGUCACUUCGCGUGUCAACCGUGUGCACAUGUCUUGUGACUGUAGACAUUUAUAGCCGUCAGUGGGAGAGACACAGGAAGAUUGUGGACUUGUGCAAAUUUAGGAACGCAUCCAAGUACAAAACUCACAACCAAGAGUUUGUGUUAACUGUCUAUGUUUGGCCACAUCGAGGGCUCGGUGUGAAUGCUGACAGCAGCACAGGAGUCGGCUCCCUACCUCAGAACUACAGCAGUAAAACAAUCAUGUCCAGUUGUUUUUCCAAGUUCCGGUCCUAUUUGGGACCAUACAGUAUACACAGGAUAAAUAAUGGCGGCACAAAAGCAAAAGUCCUUGGGGAGAUAAGAGCGGAGCAGGAAGCAGAGUGGCCUGAUUGGUUCACUGUGGAAGCCAGUGAAGAUGAUUCCAUUGAGCGCAUCAUCACAGACGCGAACAUUGUGCAAGUGGCCUCGCGACACAGAUGUAACUCUGCUGUGUUGUCGCACCGGGACUCUGUGGACUUUUCAUUGGAGCCAGCACUGGACGUGUUGUCGGAGUGCCAAGGCAUUAUGGAAGGGCUGGUGGCAGAGGUGGAGCGGCGGUGCACAUUGUUGCCAGACUACCACCAGGUCCUGCAGGAGGAGGAUCAGUGGUGCACAUUGUCACGAGACUGCCACCGGGUCUUGCAGGAUGUGGAUCAGCAAUGCACAUUGUCGCCAGACUGCUACCGGGUUCUGCAGGAUGUGGAUCAGCAGUGCACAUUGUCGCCAGACUGCCACCGGGUUCUGCAGGAUGUGGAACAGCGGUGCACAGUGUUGCCAUACUGCCACCGGGUUCUGCAGGAUGUGGAGCAGCGGUGCACAGUGUUGCCAGACUGCCACCAAGUCCUGCAGGAGGUGCAAGAGCAGCAGUGCACAGUAUUGCCAGACUGCCACCAGGUCGUGCAAGAGCAACGGUGCACAGUGUUGCCAGACUGCCACCAGGUCCUGCUGGACAUGGUGGACCGCGUGUGUGUCGGGGCAGAGCUGCCCGUAUGCAGCCUCUUCCAAGGUAUAAGUCAUGUCAGGUUCGUGGACACAACAGCUGGCCGCCCCCCGAGCUUUUAUGCCAGCCUGUGGCAGGGGCUGUGCACCGGUACGUGGCCACGCAACAAAGUGGCGGUGUUGCUGCCAGCCCGUGCCCUGGCCUCAGCCCCGGCCCCGGCCCCGGCCCCGGCCCCGGCUCCUGCUCCCAAGAGCAGACGGGUCCUUGCAUGCAAACCCCCGAGGAAGGAGGCCCUGCUAGCCAUACCGGCCGUGCCAAGAGUUCCACGUCAGGGUAGCAGGAGGGGCGCCCCCACGCGUGAGAGACGCACGUAUAAGAAGUCAUACUACACGUACCAGUACUUGUAUGAAGACAUGGAGGUGCUAGGUGACUCCUCCGUGUGGAACACGCGACCACCCCGCACCAACAGACGGACACGCUUCACCAACCCCACGGUGGACAUCAAGAAGCUUACCUUCCAGCUCAAGCACCCACCAUGCGUGGUCCUGGAGACACUCUCUCCGGCUGUGCUGCAGAGCAGGUCUAUGCACGGCUAGUAGUCGUGUGCUCUUCUGUGAAAUUGUACAUGUUGGAUCAUGGUCAGUCUCGCAGCGUUGUAUGUUACCUGUCAGAUUAACUCUAUAUUCAUCACAGCGUUUAAGCAUCGUAUCUCCUUUGCAGUUUUGGUGCAAACAUGUUAGAUGCUGAUCACUGGCAUUCACUCCUAAUGAUGAUUGUUAACGAUGUACUGUCACAAGGGGACUGCUUGAACAAUUAUGUCAUCAGCUUGGAACUAUUAUGUUGUAAUGAGGUCUUUCUUUGUUAUCUGUAUGGUGUUCUACACUGAGAUACCUUUUGUGGAGGUUGAACACCAUUUUUCUAUGAGCUUGUAGUCUCGUCACCAUCAAGGUCAUUACGGACGAUAAAUACACUAUGCAGAACAGAAAUGUUGGGGAAGGAAUCAGCCAGGGUCUUAAGUAAUAAACCAUCUCAGCGAGUGAUUUUGUGAAAGCAAGGAAAACCAUAAUCAGGUUGACCAGACCAUGAUUCAAAGCUUGGUCCUUUGGAGGGAGAGUCCAGUGUCUUACCACUGUGUCACCUUGCUUCUAGUGGUGAGCCAUUGGGAACUUGAGGUUACUGAUAGUUGAUUUAUUAAUAUAUAUCAGUUUUGUUAAUAUGUUCCAUGUUUUUAUAGAUGAUUUUGAUUGUCACAGACAUUAGUAGGAAACUCAUUUCAGGCAUUCAGUCAAACUAGGGCUGGAAAAAUUGGCAUGAAUUUGUUCCAAAAUUAGCAUAUCUAUUAUUGUGAAAUUAGCAUUUUUAAUGCAACUUAUUUGUAACUUAAUAUUUACAUUCUAAAUGUUUGUAAACUAAAUAUUCAAAUAUACAAAUACCCACAAAUAACCCUCUCUCAGUUUUGUAGGAAAAAAAUAUAUUUUUUAUUUCCUUUCAAGAUCAAAACUCAAAAAUAAUAUUGAAUGCUUGUUUUAAUUUUUAAAAUUGAUAUUGCAAUAUACUAGCAAACAUUAAGUUGUAGAUUUAAUUCAUAGAAUAAUACAAAAACAACUGAAUUAAUUGGGUGUUGUUCAUGUUUUAAAGUUAUUUUGUAUACAUGUAACUUGGCUGCGUCACAGAGCCAUGGCAAUAUCAUGAAACAUUCAGGUCAUGAAUACUAGUUUAAAGAACAAUUACCAGGAAAUUACCAUAUGGUUCAAGUGUAACUUUUGGGGGAAUGCCAAGUACCCGUAGCACUGCUGUGGUCACGGCUAUAGACUGCUUCACACUACUGCCAAAGCAAAAUGCAAAAUAGGGCAGCCUGUUUUGUUUUUAUCUUAUUAGCCAACCAUACACCUUUUGUCUAUGAGAUAAGAAAAUCUGUGGCAAAGAUGGUAGAUGUGUUGUGUUUGUGUAUUAACUGAAGUGCAAAUAAGUUUUAAGUGACAGACAUAUUAGUGAAAGUCUACAAGACUGGGUUAUUUCUUUCUAAGUGUGAAGAGAUAAUUUAUUAUUGUACAACAAUUUUGAAAACUGUCGAAAAAUAUGUAGCAGCUAUGUGGAAUUUUAUAAAGGAUAUGUUUACAAA